AUGAUUCUGCGUGGGCUUCGAAUCGAGUACGAAGUGGAUCUCGCCGGAAGAAGAUGGAUGUGCCCAUGGCAAACGAAGCGGAUUCUCGACGCGAUCACCUUCAGACAAACAAAAGGAAUUCUGGCCUUUGUCCAAAACACCGCAUCCUUUCACCACAUCAGCAUCCCGGAAAGCGAGCAGCUUCUCGAGGCAGCUGCAGAAGCCGAAUCCCGGCGGCAGGGGCCCACUUGCAAAGCGGACGAUGACCCGGCGAUGCUCACCGAAUCCAUGAAGGCCUUACGGAAAGUAUUACCGCUUGUGCGUGAAGGCCAAGGCGCAGCCGAAGAUCAAGCCCAUCGUUUUGGCCAAGACGACCAAGUAAAGAUCCGACUACCUUGCCGACACUUGGUCAAAAACUACCUGCCCUUGGCGGAGUGCGUGACGGUUCGGAAGAAAGACGACAGGCUCCCAGGAAGCCGCCAUGACUUGGUUCUGAUUUGCACCUACAACAUCCUAAACGCCCGGAUCGACGAUUUCGUGCGCUUCGACCCCCAAGCCAUCAUUUUCGAUGAAAGUCAGCAUGUGAAGAAUUGGAAGAGCGAUCGUACUAAAAAUUCCCGAAACUUGGUGGCUAAUGCCGAACGGGUAAUCUGCAUCUCUUCCUUCCCUCUGCAACGUUCUCCAAAUGACCUGAUCAGCCAGGUUCACAUGAUUCUGCGUGGGCUUCGAAUCGAGUACGAAGUGGAUCCUUACGGAAGAAGAUGGAUGUGCCCAUGGCAAACGAAGCGGAUUCUCGACGCGAUCAGCUCUAGACAAACAAAGGAAUUCUGGGUACCGAGCCUUCCCCCAAAACACCGCAUCCUUCACCACAUCAGCAUCCCGAAAAGCGAGCAGCUUCUCGAGGCAGCUGCAGAAGCCGAAUCCUGGCGGCAGGCCUACUUGCAAAGCGACGAUGACCCGGCGAUGCUCACCGAAUCCAUGAAGGCCUACGGAAAGUAUUACCGCUUGUGCGUGAAGGCCAAGGCGCAGUACGUGGCGCCAUACGUUCAGAAACUCUUCUUUUCACCUCGUCAGCGUCAACCAAAGACCUUGAUCUUUGCCUUUCAUAAAACUGUCCGAAAGGCUAUCAAGGAUCAGUUGGACGAUGCUAAAAUACGGUUUGUGGAGCUCGAUAUUCCAGCAGGCACUACACGCUUCGAAGGCCGUCUCCAGAAAUUCAAAACGGAUUCAAGGAUGAACGUGGCGGUCCUCUCCCUUCGUGCUUCCAGCCUGGGUCUAGAUUUGCCGGAAGCGAAGCGCAUCAUCUUCCCCGAGCUUUACUACACCGUCGCUCUUCACCUCCAGGCCGAAGAUCGGGCCCAUCGUUUUGGCCAAGACGACCAAGUAAAGAUCCACUACCUUGCCGACACGACCAGCAUCGACGAAAUGAUUUUGACGCUUUGGGAGGGUCGGGUGAAAUGCAUGGAGGAGCGUGAACUGACGGGUAUAAUGAAGCGGUUCGACGCGGAAGUGUAUGAACUAGAUUUACACUCGAUUCCUGACGGCUACGACGAUGACGGUGACUCGGAUCCUGAUGCUAGCGAGGGUGAGGAGGAUGAGGAUGAAGAAGAUGAUGAUGACGAUGAUGAUUUGGCUUCUGAAGAGUCGUCAGCGGCGGAAAGUGAACAGUCUGAAUCAGAUGAAGACGAAACGACGGACGAUGAUGAGUCAGGCCCGGGUGACGAAUCACCCGCCCGCGAUCAGUAUUUGGGAUCAGAUGACACCGAUGACGACGAAGAACAGGAAGCCAAUAACCGCUACAAAGAGACGACCGCUGAUGGCCGCUACCAAUAUGAGGACCAGGAUUACGUCCAGCCUGCUACUGACAGGGACGAGGAAGUAGUACCACGCAAAGAGAGGCCCCCAAGGAGGAGUGCACGCCUCCAGAAAAGCUUAAAGAAAGCUAGUCGAAAGGCUAAAUUCGACGACGAUUCCGAGGAUGAUAGCGAAAACCAAGACCCGGCUAUGCAACAGAAAGACAGUGAGAUUGAAAGUGAGGACGACUCAAAUCAACCCUCGACCAGUCACAAGCACCGCAGGGCGGUUCGCUCAUCGGAUGAAUCUGAA